CAUUCUAAGUUACCUUUGAUCCCUGUACAUCUUCUUGUAACCUUAAUUUUCGUUUCUUCUUUUUCAUUUCAUUUCUGAUCAGAUAAGUGUAUUCUACAAGAGAGAAUUACUUCUUAAAUUUGUCCUCACGGAUUUUUCCAAACCCGGGGUCUGCAUAGACGGAAGCCAUGGAGUGUGCUGCAAAGGGUAGGGACAACAAUUGCGUCCCCGGCACGCCUAAGCGACGCUGCGGCAACUGCGGGGCCGUCGGCUACUGUUCCUUAAAUCACCAGAAGUUGCAUUGGAAUGACCACAAAGAAGAGUGUGCAAGAUUCGAACAACAAAUGCAGCGUGCUGACCUGCUGAGCAAUUUGCCAUUUUCAUUUUCUAAAGUGACUUAUCAGGGAUGUGAAGGGCAGUCGUUGAGAUGCUCCUUUUUGGCCUCAAUUGGUGUUCACCUUAAGGCAUUGUGGAAACUUGAAUGCAGUUGUUGCACUGUUGCAGACUCAUUGGAUAGUAAUUCAAGGCUUAAUGAUGGAUGGGAGCUUCCAUGUUCUUUAUGUCCGUGCAGUGAGCCAACGAACCGUUUAGCAACAUACCUGGGAAGUUGGGAGGAUUAUUACCAGUGGAGAUGCCUGCCAUUUAAUUCACCAGUCGCUUUGUUACUUCACUGGCCACUUACAGUCUUUUACUGCGUACAACUCUAUGCUUCUCAAAGAUCAGUUUCUUCGGCUGUUGGCAAGUUGUACAUACAUUAUCUAGGGCCUGAGAAAGAGCUUUUACAACUUGCGGUAUUUGGGGAGCUAAGGGCACUUCUACCAUGUGUUCAGCUGAACAUAGAAUUUUUCGGCCCAGGUGUUCCACAGGCUAGAGAUGGGGAGACAAUGAAAAUCGACACAUAUGUACAGUGUUCUGAUGGAAGUUGUUCUUGCAAAUCUUCGUGUCAAGAGAGAUCCAUUCAUACAAAUUCAGUAGUGACAUUGAAGCUUCAUAAUGGAUUCUAUCAUGACAAAUUUAGAUAUAUGGAUGCUCGUCCUCAACUAGUUAUUGCUCCUAAUGCUGGCAUCGCUGCAUAUCCUAGUUGGUUGCCAUCCAUUAAGCUAAUAAAUGAGAUGGGCGUACCAGCAAUAUUCACUGACUUUUGCGAGGAGGCUGCAUUUCUUGCUGCUAGAUGCAUUUGCAGCGUAACUGGUCAUCCUCUAUCCAUUCCGAUUCAGGUGAACCCGUUUCGGCAGCCAUUGGUGAUGGAGGAUCAAGCUCUUUACCUCCCUUGCUACUCCAAUUGCUUCAUUUUUGGUAUGUGAUGCUAUUUUGUGACACCUCCAUAUUAACUCUGAAAGGCUACUAACAGACAGAAGUAUGAACAUAUCUAUGCAUUUGGGUUGGUCUCUCAAAUGCUGUAGAACAGAGAAAUUGAAUUUAAUGAUGUUAGGAUUCAUCUCUAUGGAUGUAAAUUAGAAUAUCCAAAAUAAAGUAUAAAUUAUGUUUUUUAAAGUAUUGUAAUUUUAUUAGUAACAUAAACUAUUUGAUUUA